UGUAUCGAACCAUAUAUCCCCUCGGUCUCGUCCACGCCACCCGCUCAAACCCCCAAAGAUCAGGUAGACCAGAUAGGGAGGAGAAAGAUGGCAACUACCGUCGCCGCAAAGCUCGUCGCCCCCGUCUCGCUAUCCUCCUCCGUCGUCCGGCUCGUCCCGGCCGUCGCCGCCGCCGCCCGCAUCCCCCGCCUCCAUUCCCCAGCUGUCGCCCCCCUCCGCCUUCGCGCUCGCCGUCCCGCUACCUACCCCCGCUUCUUCGCUUCAUCUGUUUCCGCCCCCGCCACCUCGGCAACCAUCUCCAUUGGCGACAAGCUCCCCGACGCCACCCUUUCCUACUUCGGCGUUGAUGGGGAACUCAAGACCGUCACCGUGUCCGAACUCACCAAGGGCAAGAAGGCCGUCCUCUUCGCGGUCCCCGGGGCCUUCACCCCGACGUGCUCCCAGAAGCAUCUCCCCGGGUUCGUGGAGAAGGCAGGUGAGUUGCGCGCCAAGGGCGUGGAUACCAUAGCUUGCAUCUCCGUCAACGACGCCUUCGUGAUGCGGGCAUGGAAGGAGGACCUCAAGAUCGGGGACGAGGUACUGCUGCUCGCCGACGGGAACGGGGAGUUCACCAAGGCCCUCGGUGUGGAGCUCGACCUGCGAGACAAGCCCGUAGGACUGGGCGUCCGGUCCCGGCGCUACGCGAUGCUGGCGGACGAUGGGGUCGUCAAAGUUCUCAACUUGGAGGAGGGUGGCGCCUUCACCUUCAGCAGCGCCGACGACAUGCUUAAGGCCCUUUAAUGCCUUUCCUAACUCAUCUUGCCGUCUCCACCAGGGCUUCCACUUGAGACAAAGCAAAGCAUAACAGAGACACUGCCAACAAUUUUUAUCUUCUUACAUAUGAUUGACAAUGUCCACAAAUUGACAGCUUCACCUUUUGUUUGUGGGUGCUAAAUCAUCCAUCAAGGAAGGAAUAUGUUAAAUACCCUUUAUAAAAAUAUUCUUGAUGUGUCA